GGGGGGGUGGGCAUCUACAAAAAGGAACCAUACUAUAUUGAGUCUGGAGAGAUGACAGAUGGUUGUUGGUGACAAAAAGUUUGGUGUGGUAUCGUAUGUACUAGUAGGGGAGUCUGGGGGUAUUCUCCCCCAGAAAAUGUUUUGUAUUUUUCCACUCCUAGAACUGAAAUGUGAGCAUUUUCUGAAACAGAUUUGUGGAUAUACAGCGUUACAUUGUGCGUUGAUAGACCGAAUCUUAUCAGUUAAGUGUACUUGCAUGGUAUGUUUAUAUAAAUACCACAACUGGGUCACUCAGGGGGUAGAAAGCUUGUUAAACUUACUUAGUGGGCCUGACUCCCACGAUCGCGAGGCGCUAUCAUGGUUGGCGCCGAGCAGGGAAAUCUUGAAAAUUUUGAGUCUCUAGAUCGUUGGAAAUAGCAUUUUCAGAGUCUUCUUUUUUGCUAUUUGUGAUUAUAGAAAUCAGAACUCUAGACAUGGUAUUUAAGUUCAAAAACUUUUAUGACCCCCCCUUUCUCUGUGUUAAAACUUUUUUGACCCCCCUAUUUAUAAGGGUAAACGGAAACUUAUGUUUUCAUGUACCCACUUUUUUCAGGCGACCGGUGCCAGGCAAAAAAUUAUCAAUUGCACGUGCUCGGCAAGUGCCACAAGCAGUUAAAGCGAGUCACCAUCCAAUGGGAGGCGUGCAUCUAGUAACUUGCUGAGCAUGUGCACAAGAAAAGUGGGUACACUAGUUAUAACUCUGUAUAUGUAUAUCUAUUAGCUCUGUGGUAUGGGUAUACACAUUACACAUGAUACAGUAGCUGUCGGCCUCAUUUGAACACAAACACGACACGUCAGAUAAUUUAUUAAUUCUUGCUUAGGCUUUAGUUUUUAGACAAAGGUUGGGACUUUAUAUUUUCUAUAGAAUCAAAACAAUUAAGUGCAUGGUACUUGAGCUGGGUAGGUUAUUACUACAUCUCUUUCUACCUUGAGGCAUAUUUAACUUUGUUUAGAGUUUGAAAGAUGUCAUGAAAAGUAUUGUCCCUGAGAAGCAGAAGGAAGUAGCAGAGUUUAGGAAGCAAUGUGCAGAUAAAGUCAUUGGACAAUACAAUGUCGAUCAGGUACGUGUGUAAUACAGGGUUCAAAAUAAUGUUUAGAAAAUAUGUGCCUACUUUUGUACUACUGUAGGCUGUUUUGUGUGUUUGUUUUUUUUUCUGACAAAUCGUGCUUGGCUGUACAUGUAUGCAAAUAAUAAAUUGUCUUUUAUUUGGAAACUGGCUUGCCAUAGAUAUGCUAGCUUAGUUGACUCAUUUGAAGUCUUGAAAAAGACAUAAUUUCUAUAGUGUUGGAUGCAUAUACUUGCAUGCAUGGUAUGUAGUAGACAUGUUUGACAUAAUUAUACAAAUGGAACUGGGCCAUUUAAUCUAAAGAUUGUCAUCACAAUUAAUUAGUAGAAAUUGUGUUCAAAGGCUAUUGCUUUUCCUGCAAUCUGUUUGGUCAAAAUUCAGCGUUGAAAAAGUGAAAGCUACUUGUUGCAAGUGGGGGGCUAUCACUUUUUUCAAAAUGGCUUCUUUGCAAUUUUCUGAAUUUAAAACCAAUCUUUAUUUUCUCCUGCAUUUUCACAUUGUUUUGGUGUUGUGAAGUGCCAGCAAGAAAAUGCUGGAUUUUGUACUGGUGCCUUUUCAAUUAACAGCAUGAUUUUAUAAAUUUUUGUCAACUCAGGUGUUUGUUUUUCUCUUGGAAAUUUCAGCUAAUUAAUACAAUGUGGCUCAGUGAUCAUAUAAUCUUGUAAUAUACCACCAAGUCUGAGGCAACUAGUUGUUAAUUGGACUGUCACCAUGAUCACCAACUGGCAUAUAGCAAAUCUGCAAUAAUCAAGUUCACUUACAUUCUAUCACCUAUACUCGCACUAUGCAUGUGAAUGCUACAUUAAGAUUAAUAUAUAUAGUUUAAUUAUUGUAAGUUGAAAAUACUUUUAAUUUUCAGGUAUAUGGAGGUAUGCGUGGAAUAAUUGGACUGGUUACUGAGACAUCAUUGUUGGAUCCUGAAGAGGUGCAUUUGGCUUGUGUUUGUAGCAUUAGAGUGAAGCAAUAAAAUAAGUUACAUUGGGUGCAUUGCUUGUUAUUCAUGUUACAUUAUAAUAUUAUUAAGUUGGGUUAAAUUUAGCUGAACCAGGAUAUAAACUUAACACAUUGAAUGCCAGCUAGCACUCUUGAUGGGUAAAAUCGCCAGCAUGGUGUUAGACAUACUAAAAUAACACAGGUAAAUAGGUAAUAUUUCAAAGGCCAAAUUAUAACAAACUUGCUAGCUGGAAAGUGGGAAAUUCACAAGUAAACACAAACAUGGUGAACAAUAAAGAAUAUGUGUCUACUCACAAACAGAUGUGACAAAUAUAAACAACAAACUAAGAAAUAUUCCAAUGCAUGCAUGUGUUAGCUUAUAAUGUCCAUGCAGUAUUCAAUAUUAUAUAAUAACUGCAGUGAAACACGCAAUUUGAUUGGUCAAUAGCCGUGCGGGAUCAGGCUAUCCUGCACGAGGAAUUAAAACGCCUUUGCAGGAUCGUGCGAAUCUCAAAAUAUCAUUGUUUCACUGUAGUUAUUUUAUAAAACAAUUACCAAAUGGUUUUCCAAGCAGGAUAGCGUGUUCCAUGCACUUGGGCCGAUGUUGCUCGACUUUCGGAAAGCGUAAAAAUACACUCGCUUGCGGCUCGAGUAUUUUUACGCUUUCUCGCGACAUCCUUCGUGCAUGGAUCACGCAAUCCUGCACGGAAAACCAUUCGAUAUUCCUUUAAUCUAAUUUAACUUGCAGGGGCUGGUUGUUCAAAAGUGGGUUAGCGCUAACCCUGGGUUAAAAUUUAACCUGCUGUUUUAGUUUAUGUAUUUCUGCACGUCUGUUUAUUUCAAAACUUCAGAGAAGUAAACUCCUACUGAUCCAGACAAGAUCUCUGAAGAAAUAUUUCCAAAUUUAUAGACAAGCUCUCAGGAAGUUUGCUUUGAAUUUUAGGUUAACCUAGGGUUAAGCUAACCCAGUUUUGAACAACCGACCCCAGGGAGCGGUUGUUCAAAGGUGGAUUAGCACUAACCCAGAGUUACAAUUUAACCCGCUGUUUUAGUUUGCAUAUUUCCGCAUGUCCAUUUAUUUCAAAAUGUCAGAAAAGAAAACUCCUAUUGAUCCAGACAUGAUUUGUGAAGAAAUAUUUCCAAAUUUAAAAACAAGCUGUUAGGAAGUGUACUUUGAAUUUUAAGUUAACCUAGGGUUAAGCUAAUCGACUUUUAAAAACCGGCCCCUGGGCUGAAAAUAACAUUUUAUAAUACACUGGUCACAGUAGUCAUUAGUUGCAUUUUUGACUGGUCAAACAUGAUUUCUGACCCGUCAGCUUUCACAUUAGGGCAUUCUUUCCUUGAUCUUCAAGGAAGCAUUCUCGGUGAAAUCGUUUUGACAAAAUUCAAACACGAAAAGUUUGAUAUUAAGAAACUUUUUCAGGUACCAGCUAGGUAGUUUGUAGUUACAUCGAUCCCUAGUUAUCAACCAAAUUUUUGUUAUUUUGAGUGCUAAUAUCUGGUGUCCUGUGGAUAUACAUAGUUUUUGAAAAUAGAGCAAAUUUCAAGCCCUAGUUGAAUGAAACAUAAUCAAACGGUUAACAAUGUUGUAAUAUCUUGUUUUGGAUUCUAUAUUUUAUCAUAGGGUAUUCGGUUCAGGGGAUACUCAAUUCCAGAGUGCCAAAAGGUAUGUUAUAGAAAUUUUGAUAUGUUUGGAAAACCGUUGUUUCACCUAAAAUUAACAUUUGGGAUGAAAGUUGCAUGACUAAAACCCCCUGCAGUUCAAGAAAGUAAAAACAACAUUUCAAAUGUAUGGGUUUAGCGCUCAGCGUGGCCUAAUUAUAUAUCCUACAAGAAGCUGAUCGAGUAUGCCUGAGUGUACAGUAUUGGACUGUGCAGAAGUUUUGCGUCAUCCCGAAAGCUCUAAAUGUCACUAAAGUCCAUCUCUCUCUAAAGCAUAUAACAUAUAUUUCAUAUUAGUACUGUCCUUUUUGCACCUGAUAGCAAGAAAGCGAUGUAUGUUUAACAGAAAAGUUAUUUUUUAAGGUUGUUUUUUUAGAAUUGCUAAAUAAAAUUUUCACGUUCUUUAUACGUAAAACACUGGGAGGAUAGUCUGGUAAUGACGGUCGUUACACAGUUUCUUUGAGAAAAAGUGGAUGAUUUUGCAUGGUGAACUCAAUACAAAAGCUGAAACACGUGAAUUUAACCAGCUCGAAGAUUUCGACAAAAAACGAUGUUAUUGUCGGGCCGGUUGUACGAAUGACCGAUAACGAUUUUUAGAUAGCCAUUUUUAAUAAAAGAAAACGUCGAUUUUUAAACACUGAAGUUUAAACUGCAUGGUUACAUGCACCGAUCAACGGACAAUUUUAGGAAAGGUUAAAAAAUCCAGUGGAUAACGCCAUCCAGUUUUCCUACGAAAAGUGUUCAAAACCUAAAAUCCCUUCCUGAAAAGUGUUCAAAACCUAAAAUCUUUUUGGCGUUCCUCUCAGCCAUAUAAGCAAAACUUGCUGAACUUCAGGCCUCAUUUUCUCUUUGGCGUAUCAUCUAAAAUCUCUUCAUUUUAGCAUUAUUUUACAGAUAAAGCACUAAACAUACUUUUUAAGUUUGUUUGCCGAUUGAGAAACGUAUCGAAAAAUAGAAAUUUUGAAUUUAGUCAUAACCUCAAGUGGAAUAUUAUACGCAUCAGUUUUGAGCGCGUGUUACGUAACAUACAAAAAAAUCUCCUCUUAACACGAACACUCUUUAUAAGAUGUUUUUGUGAUUCUUCCAUAUUGGGAUUGAUUCAACAAAUAAAAGACAGGGCUAAAUAGAAUGUGGAGGCUUAUUUUUUUUAGCACUUUUUUGGAGGGGGGUGGGGCUAAAUAGCGGAAAUACCGCGUUAUUUUAGUAUUUUGAGGUGACCUGACAAUACUGUAAGUGUAUCUAAAGUUCCUAUAGUACAUGUAUGUAUUGUGUAUUUGCCAAAUGUGAAGAACUUGUGGUAGCAAUAAUUGUGCAGUAUAUUAAUGCUAAACAAUUUGUUAAAAUGUUUCAGCUUUUGCCAACAAUUGAAGGUGGUGACCAAAUGCUACCUGAGGGCAUGUUUUGGUUGUUGAUCACUGGAGAAGUACCAACUGCUGAACAGGUAAAUCUCUCAGAAAGCUAAAUUCAUAUAAAAUAAAUUGGUUUAGCAGUACAGUAAAUAGUCAGAGUUUUCAUUGAAAAUCCGGAGAAAGUCUUGGGAUCUGAAAAAUUCCAUUUCUCAAAAGUCGCUGAAAACUAGUGAACGAUCUUGAAAGUACUGGAAUUUCCUUCCGACUGUGUUGACAAUACAUGGGCUGUGUUUAAAUUAUCGAUUUUGUGUACUGUACUUGUAUACUGGUAAGUAAACUGAAAAAUAAUUACUAUUACUAUAUAUUUCUAAUGAAUAAAAUUACUAAAAGCGUGUAAAACUGUUUUGUUUACAACUAUUACGCGAGCCGAAACACAAAUUGUCUUAAAAUUAUUUUCGUUGUUUUUGGUCCCUUUUGUUUUAGUAUUUUGUUUUGUCAAUAUAUUUAUUACAGGAGUGAAUGCAAAAUCAACAGUAAAGAAUAUUUAUGUGCAUCGAUGCUAGCCUCCGUAAGGCACAAUUGUUUUGUGCCGUUCUUCGUCACCAGUACAUAUUUUCUUGCCGAUUCUUAUUUAUCCCAAAGAGAUGUCUGUAUAGCAAAUACCGAACUCCAUCAAGCUUGUGAUUAUGUUCAGUUUCUGUCAUUUAAUAAUGCAAUGAUUAUUACGUUUUAGGCGAAAUCAUUAUCUGACGAGUGGGCUGCUCGCGCUGACCUGCCUCCUCAUGUUGUUCAACUUUUGAAUGAUUUCCCCAGUGAACUUCAUCCAAUGAGCCAGUUGAGUGCAGCGGUCACUGCCAUGAACAGUGAGAGUCAUUUUGCUAAAGGGUAUAGCAAUGGAAUAAAGAAAAGUGAAUAUUGGGAGGUAACAAAGGAAUUGCUUCUUGUUCAUCAAAUAUUGUCUUUGUACUUCAGUUUUGUUUGCUAAAUUUUGCCAUUCAAAGAAAGAAUUGUCCUUUAAUUCUUGCUUGCAUUGCCUACUUUCAAACCGAGAGCGCCUGAAUACGAGUCCUUAAAUAGUGUAUUAACCAACACAAAAUAUCAAAGUUUGAUAUUAAUUGUGUCAAUAUUGAUCAAGAUACAGCCAUUCAAUACUUUCAAAGAAAUGUAAGAUUUCUUGUAAUUUUUUGUUUUUAAAUGGCUGUAUCUUGAUCAGUAUUGAGUCGAUUAACUCUUUAUUUAUGUACUCUUUAUUAUUAGGGGGGUGUUGUGUUGAUUAUCACAAUAUUCAGGGACUCGGCUCUCUCGGUUUGAAAUUGAGCAAUACUCCAUUACCCCCAAUAGUUGGGAGAGUGUCUCUCAGUGUAUAUAGGUAAAAACGGAAUGUUGAUUGAACAACCUUUGGCCCUAGUUUUCACAAGCGCCGCAAAGACAAGCAUACGAAAAGACAAAAACAAAACCAAGAAAUGCAUUAAAGAACGCGACAUAAGUUUCAAAAUUACCACAAGAUGACGAGGAAAGGGUAUUGACCCAAAAUUAUUGCAAACUUCGCAAGGCUAUAUUAUCCGCAUUUUACAACUUUUCGCAACGAAACUUUGGAAUGUUACUAAUUUUGUGAUGCUCCUUUAAGCUGUGAUGAAAUUUUUGUCUAGAUCAAAAUGUAGUCUAUUACGCAAGUGGUCAAUUCAGCUGCAGUAAGGUUAUCUAUUAUAGAAUCAGGACGUUUUAAUUAAGAUUAUACUAAAUGAGUAAUUCAGUGUUGCACAUUUGAAGCGAUUUGGUGUAGUUUGUCAAGCAAUUUGGUGUAGUUUGUAGUAUGGUGUGUUUCAUUUUAAAAAAUGAUCCCUCUUAACAAUAUUUGCCAAGCAAAGUCGAAAGCGCGAUCUCGCUAAAGGCUGAUUUCCACGGUUGCGUUUAUCAUGCGUACGUAUACGCACGUAAAACUUUAAAUCCGUUAAAUCCGAAAUAUCCAAAUAAAUAAAGCAACAGAAUUUAGUGUUACGCAAGUUUUAGUAUGCAUUUGUUAAUUUAUUUGUAAAAUAUUUAAGAAAUAGAAGGAUUCAAAGUUUUACGUACGUGUACUUGCGUACGAAAAACGCAACAGUGGAAAUCAGCCUUAUGGAAGGCUGGCCCUACUCAUAUAAAUACCCCCUUAAUAAAUGUUUCUCCAGAAACUGCUGUAAUAAUCUGGUCACCUACUUUUAUUCACUUAGUAUGCAUUCGAAGACGCCAUGGACUUGAUUGCAAAACUGCCAACAGUAGCGGCUGUAAUAUACCGCAAUGUUUAUCGAGAUGGAAAAGUUGCUCCUAUAGACCCACAAAAAGAUUGGUCUGGCAAUCUUGCCACCAUGCUUGGUUUUGAUAGUCCAGAGUUUGCAGAAAUGUUACGUAUGUACUUGGCUAUCCAUGUUGAUCAUGAAGGAGGCAAUGUGAGCGCUCAUUGUACACAUCUCGUCGGGAGUGCUCUAUCUGAUCCGUAUCUCUGUUUUGCUGCUGGAAUGAAUGGUCUGGCUGGUCCUCUACAUGGUCUUGCUAAUCAGGUAUCAACGAAUUUAGUUCAUUACAACUAAUGCUUUUUAAGGCAUGGUCAAACUUGGAAACAUUGCAGAAACGAAUUUGUUUCCCAUUAAGCAUAAAUUUUCCCAACAAUUCAAAAACGUUUUGUUUACCAGGUGGGAUUUCUGUCGCGAUACCUGCGGAAACAAUAGAGCCGUUCCUACUUGACUGCCACUACCACCACCAUUAAGGGACCGUUAACCAAUCAGAUGCAUUUGAUAGAUCCGAUUAACCAAUCAGAUGCAUUUGAUAGAUCUGAUUAACCAAUCAGAUGCAUUUGAUAGAUCUGAUUAACCAAUCAGAUGCAUUUGAUAGAUCUAAUUAACCAAUCAGAUGCAUUUGAUAGAUCUGAUUAACCAAUCAGAUGCAUUUGAUAGAUCUGAUUAACCAAUCAGAUGCGUACUAAGCCAGUGAGAGGUAAUGGUAGCGGUAGUGGAAGACAAAUCUGAACCUCUCUAAUGUCUCUUAGUUCGAUCUUUAUAUUUACGACCAACAGGGUGGGCUAAUUCGUGUACUUGCGUAUCAGAGAUUAUUUAGAGGGCGGGACAAAGGGCGGUUGUCCGGGCCCCGCGAGUGUCCGCCACUGGUGAAAACUGAACAGUCUAGCUGAACAGUAAAACACCUGGAAACAAUGUUCCUAGUUUGCCCACCUCUAGAGAACAACGUUUCCGCAACAAUUGUUUGCUAGUUUUCCGGCAGGUUGGUGAUGAAAUGAAAGUCCUUUCAUUUCGUUCCUACUGGCUUUUUGCUUGUUUGACUAUCAACAUUAAGGCCAUAUUCCAGUCGCCUGUUUUGAUUACGCAUGUACAGUAUAUAGCAUACGCACGGGAAGGACUUGAACAUCACUCGCCGUAUUUAUUCCAGUCGCCUGUUUUGAUUACGCAUGUACAGUAUAUAGCAUACACACGGGAAGGACUUGAACAUCGCACGCCGUAUUGACAUGCUCUUUAUUUAUUUACACCGUAACUGUUUUACUCUGGCAGGAAGUACUCAUUUGGCUGACUAAGCUGGUAGAAAAUCUAGGCCAAGAUCCAACUACAGAAGAAGUGAAAAAUUAUUGUGUUGAAACCCUCAAGACCACUGUAAGUAGUUCUACUUGUGUUACAUUAUUCAUCAUUCAUGAUACUUUAUUACUUUGGUUAGUAACUCCAGACGAAGGGCUACAUCCCUACCAACGAAGCUUGUCUAUAUUAUUGACACUACCUACACUGGCACAGACAAUUCAAGAUAAUAUUUUUUGAUCACUGUGUUGUAUUUCAGGUUAUCCCAGGUUUCGGUCACGCUGUUCUUCGUAAAACAGAUCCGCGAUACACAUGUCAGCGAGAGUUCUGUCUCAAGCAUAUGCCAAAUGAUUCGUUAUUCAAGGUGGUCAGUAAACUUUACGACAUCGUGCCCAAUGUACUGCUAGAGCAAGGAAAGGCAAAGAAUCCCUGGCCCAAUGUUGAUGCACACAGUGGAGUUCUUUUAACGGUACGUUUUUGUAAAGCUCGGAUGAAACGAGAGUGCGUGAGAGUUGGCAGUCACGCCGACCUUUGUUAGUAUAUCUUGUUGGAUUCUUCUGAGCCCAAUAUGGCAAAAUAUUAAGUCGAGACUUCAAUAUUGGGUGAGAUCGAAGGUCGAGCCUAAUAUUGAAGUCGAGACUUAAUAUUUUGCCAUAUUGGGCGAAGAUGAAUCCAAUAAGAGUUUAUUAUAUCGAACAAAACAAUUCUAUAACAAAAAAUUGUCAAUAAGCGAUAAAGUAAUACAGCGAGAAUAACACAGCGACAACAUUAAUACAUUUAUCGGCGGUGAAUUUUUAAAUGACUAAACAAAAAGUUAAUAAACUUGUUUUUAUAAAUAUGUGUAUAAAUAAACUCAAUUGCAUGUAUGUUUAAAGGAAAUUUGACGUAAUUUUAACGAAAAAAAAUAAUAUUACUAACCUCGAGGCUGUUGCAAACAAAUGAAUUUCGCGAAGACAAGUUUUCCCGCGCUUUUAUAAUUUUAAACAAAACUGGUAGAAAAAACUGUAUUAAUGUCUCGAAUUCUUUUCAUUACUCUGCCAUAUCGCUUGUCGUAUGUUUGAAAUUGACAAAACAUCUGAAAAGGGUUGAAAAACCAUGAAAAAAGCCACGAUUCACAACUAUCCAAUAGGUUCCAGUCCAAUAUCGUAAAAUAUUGGAUCGGCACGUGACCCUCUCAACGACUACUGAUUGGUUAAGUGCGCGUGGGUGUAUAAUAACUGUUCUUAAUACUUUCCCAACACUAUCAUGUAUUUUAUUUAAGUUAAGACAUAGUUGGAACAAUCAUCAAACCUUUAGUUUGUUAAUAGACCUUAAUUUCCCCUUUUAAGUGAGAUUUUGAUCUAGAUAUGCCUGGACAAAAAUUUCAUCACAGCUUGAAAGAGCAUCACAAAAUUAGUAAUAUUCCGAAGUUUCGUUGCGAAAUGUUGUAAAAUGCGGAUAAUAUAGCCUUGCGAAGUUUGCCGUUUUUCAGUCAUUUUGUAUUACAAACAGGAAAUUGAUAAUCAAUUUAGUCGUCUGAUUAUCAAUUUCCCGUUUGUAAUACAAAAUGACUGAAAAACGGCAAACUUCGCAAGGCUAUAUUAUCCGCAUUUUACAACAUUUUGCAACGACACUUCGGAAUAUUACAAAUUUUGCGAUGCUCUUUCAAGCUGUGAUGAAAUUGUUGUCCAGACUUGUCUAGAUCAAAAUCUCACUUAAAAGGGGAAAGGUCUAUUUGGAGCAUGAAAUGUCCCCUGGAAGAAUGCGUGACUGCCAAUUCUCAUCCUCUUUGGCUUGACUAUAUAUAUAUAUAUAUAUUAAUAAUUUCUUUUUGUGAAAAACACCGCGAUCUUAUUUGCCCGAACUUUAUUUGCGCCAUAGAAGAAAUAAUAGAUAUAGAAUGCUGCUCUUAUCUUUUUUUCAGUCAAAAUUUUGUCUCCACAAAAUGGCGGAUUUAUAAGGGCAUUUUGACUCGCCCCAGACUCCUGCGGAAGGUAAUUUCGCGCGUUUGCGGCAGUGCGAAUUGUGUUUUUUUUUCAACAAAGUUUGUAAAAAGAAUUUUAUAUUGAGACUUAAAAUGGAGAAAAGUUUUAAUCCAUCCCAGUAGGGUUUUUUACGCAAAACAACAGUUCUGAACAGGAUAUAUAUAGAAAUCGUCGUUUAAUUUUUUUAAAUAAUCUUUUUAAACUUACACAAUUACUUUUCAUAUUUUUUCUACGUUGCUUGAGUCUUGAGGCAACGCUUUUGAAACCACAGUUCAUCAACAACAAAAUACUUGUUGUUUUAAAAACAUGAAAACCCUUCAUUUAGUUUGAAGAAAAACGAAAUUUUAAGUUACGUGUCACUACGAGAGGAAGUUUACAUGAAUGGAACAUCAGAAUUUCGAGAUGUCAACAAUGUUAAUUUGAAGACGAAAGCUAAAAAGAAACCAAGCAAACGACACUCGAUACAAAAUGCCAGCACAACUUAGUGCUGUGCGCCGGAGUUGCCGGAGCCGGAGUUCUGCCGGAGCUCCGGCGGUUUUUCCGACGCCGGAGCCGGAGCAAAAUUUUGUAUGCCGGAGCCCGGAGCCGGAGUUACGUUUUCCCAGCUCCGGCAAAAUGACAAGAAAACAAUAUAAAAUGAGACAAAUGUCAAACUAUUGUUAGUUACUACAAACUGCCAAUUGCUGUUUUAAUGAAUUCAUCAUAGACUCAAACUGCCACAGCCCACAGGAACAGCGUCAAAAAGCUGUAAUACGAUCGCAACUUACAAACGUCAUGCUUUCAUGAAGCCAUCUGACUUAGCCCUAUAUAGUCUGUGUAUUCAUGCCUUGUAGAUAACAAAAAAGUACGAAACAAAUAAAUAUCAACCUUUUGAAAAUGACGUAGUACUUUGUUUGCAUGCGAACAAUUGCGCAUUUGCGCUAAUGCGCUGUGGAGUCUGAGAGUGUUAGCGUCAUGCCUCGCGUCAUGCUAUAUAAAAAUUGCAACACUGGCUGGUUUCCAUAUAGAUAUUUUCUGCGUGGUUAAGUGUUUUCACUGUUUUGUUUCCUGAGUUAUGUUAUCUGAUAAUUAGGAAGCACGAAAAGGGUUAUUCAUAAUAAUAUUUAUCAUUUAUAGACCUGGAGCGAGGGGGAUUCGGCGAAAUAUUACCCGAAGUGAUGAUAUUUCCCGAGGGGCUUUGCCCCGAGGGAAAUAUCAUCACUGAGGGUAAUAUUUCGCCGAAUCCCCCGAGCGGAGGAUCUAUAAAUGAUAUAUUAUACCGAAAAUUAAAAGCCUCCAAGUUCAAAAUUAAAAACUUGACACAUGCCUUCGUGAAUACGAUGUUUUAUUUUCGGAUUAACGCAAGUACUCGUCGAUUUUCUUUCGAAUCACAUAUCGUUUGGAAUAUUAAUGACAACAUUUUUCAAAAUUUGCUUCAAAAUUUUGAAAAAGCCCCAGGUUUUACGUUUAAAAUUUGAUUAUUCAUCACUCAUCAAUACUAUUUAUAUUUUGUCGGCCAUGUUUUUGUCAUGCGUGUUGUCUCGCGCGGUCUACGCGAAUAAUGUUCCACCCCAUGUUCCCCGGGGAACAUGGGGUGGAACAUUGUCAAAAGGAACGCAGGCUCGCUAAUUGAUGACGUAAGGCGUGAUAUCGCGAUUAAUUUCAUGCUCACGUGGCACAAACUAAGCUUCCUGAUUGGACAAUUUGAAUUUGAGGUAUAAUAUUAAUAAAUGUUCUCUGAUCGUAAAAUAUUAAAAUAUUUAUUUAAUAUUUUAUGAUGUGGCCGGAGCUCAGAGCUAUAAUUCGGCCGUAGCCGGAGCUGAAAAACCGGAGUUUGCACAGCACUAGCACAACUACGUGUAUUUAAACGCGCGGUAUCUCAUUUCAUAUUCACUGGAUGUGACGCACAAAGAAAGUGGUGACAUUGAUUGCUACUGGUGAACCUGCCUGUUUACCAAACGGAAAACAGUGACGACCGUUUGACAUUUAACUAAUUGAGUGGCAGUACCAUUGACAAGUAAAGUCGUAAUAGAUAGUUUAAGCUUCGCGUUAAACGGCAAACGCCAGGCAAAGAAAAAUACGGUAUCAGGCAAUAAAGAGUAAAUGAACUUGCUGUUUUAAAACUGAAAUACAUAAUUAUUCUUUCGACGCAAGAAAGAAAUAUGAAACAAAAAGGUUCAACGAAAAUUUUGCCAAGAAAGUCCUGCCGUUCCGCGCACAUUGCCACUUACAGGGUUAACACUACUAUGAUGUAGCUUUGCUAUUUUCCCUAUCACUAGCUAUAAAACUAUCUUUUAAAAUUAAUCUAACUAAUAUUGCCACUAAUUUGUAGAACAGUGAGUUUUGUUGUAUCCAAACUAAUUACAUUUUUACUGUUGAUUACUAUAGCACUUCGGCUUGAAAGAAAUGAAUUACUACACUGUUUUAUUUGGCGUUUCUCGUGCUAUCGGCGUGAUGGCGUCUCUUGUGUGGGACAGAGCAUUCGGUUUACCACUUGAAAGACCCAAAAGUAUUACUACGGAAGCUUUAAAAGAAAUGGUGAACAAGAAAUAGAGAAAAUAAACUUUUAUACUAGGCCAAAGGAUGGUUUUUACUACAGACGUAACACACUGACACACUGUAUUAAUAUAAUCUGACUAACAAACAUGAUCUGACUAACAAACAAUUGACUAAAUAAAUUAUACAAAGCAGUAUACAAUGAACAGAAUUGUCACGUGAUCCCGUGUCUCUGUCUAGGCUAUUUGAAAAGAACGAAGAAGCUUUGUCUCAGAAAUAAAAUUAUUAUUGUC